AUGACUCUUCAAGAUAAGCCCUUGUUUUUACUUCUUUUUCUUCACCUGAUGACGUAUUUUCUUGUUGCAUGUUUUAGUUUAUCGGACUCCGAAAUCCUCGUUAACUUCAAAUCUUCACUGUCGGACUCGUCUUCAUUGUACGAUUGGGAUGAUGAAACCAGUCCAUGCGAUGGGAAUGAUGCAAAUUGGUUUGGUGUUCUUUGUAAUAAAGGUAGCAUUUGGGGUCUAAAACUUGAAAACAUGGGGCUAAAAGGCAAAGUUGAGAUGAGCAAUCUAGCUGAAUUGAAGGAUUUGAGAACCAUAAGUUUGAUGAAUAAUGAGUUUGAAGGUCCAAUACCUGAUUUGAGCAAACUCAGUGCAUUGAAAUCGGUUUAUUUGUCACAUAAUAAAUUUUCUGGGGAUAUUCCAAGGGAUGAGUUUGAGGAUCUUACCUCAUUAAAGAAACUUUAUUUGGCAGAUAAUAAUUUUUCUGGUGCAAUACCAUCGUCCUUAACGAGUUUGUCUAAAUUAAGGGAGUUGAGUCUGGAAGGGAAUCAAUUUGAAGGUGAGAUCCCAGAUUUUCAACAGAAUGUAUUUCAAGUUUUCAAUGUUUCCAACAAUGCCUUGACGGGUCCUAUCCCGCCAAGCCUCCAGGAACUGGAUCCUUCCUCUUUUUCAGGCAAUAAAGGAUUAUGUGGUGGGCCAUUGGAUUCAUGUGAUGGAACCAAAUCCGAGCGCAGUCCUAGCCCUAGCCCCACACCUAACUUCGAACCCAAUCCCAGCGUGAGCGAAGAUAGCCUCUCCCCAAACUCCCAGACCAGCCCCAAAUCUGACCCCGAACCAAAGCCCAAACCCAACCCUGGUCCCAACAACUCCCCACCUCAGCCCUUACCCACAGAAGAUAAUACUGCCACGUUGACCAUAAUAAUUUUCUCAAUAGUUGCAGUGGUGGCACUGGCAGCCAUACUCGCCACCCUCUUCAUCCUCCGUCGGCGGAAACAAGAAGAACCCGAAACAAUAGAGUCUCCAUUACCCUCAAACUUCCAAAAGAAAUCAGGCAUUAGGGAAUCAGAGCAACCGUCAACAUAUUCACAGGAAAUCUCAGCCGUUGGAGGCAAGAAGAGUGAUCAAUCUACCAAGCUUUCUUUUGUAAGAGACGACAGAGAAAAGUUUGAUUUACAGGGAUUGCUGAGAUCCUCUGCGGAAAUAUUGGGCAGUGGGUGCUUUGGAUCUUCAUACAAAGCGUCUCUCGGCCCUGGUGCAAUGAUGGUUGUUAAGAGGUUUAAGCAAAUGAAUAAUGUUGGUAGAGAAGAUUUUCAAGAGCAUAUGAGGAGAUUAGGAAGAUUAAGGCAUGCUAAUUUGCUCCCUCUUGUGGCUUAUUACUAUAGGAAGGAAGAGAAAUUGUUGGUUUCUGAUUUUGUUCAAAGGGGAAGCUUGGCGGUUCAUCUUCAUGGACGCCAUUCUAUGGGGCAACCAAGUCUUGAUUGGCCAACCCGAUUAAAAAUUAUUAAAGGCGUUAGCAAGGGUCUUGCGUAUCUUUAUAAGGAGUUACCAAGCCUAAUAGCACCUCAUGGUCACCUGAAAUCCUCAAACGUUCUUUUGAAGGAAUCAUUUGAGCCACUUCUUUCAGACUACGGAUUGAUUCCUGUAAUCAACCAAGAGAGUGCCCAAGACUUGAUGGUGGCCUAUAAGUCUCCGGAAUCUUUACAAUAUGGAAGAAUCACAAAGAAAACAGAUGUAUGGGGUCUUGGGGUAUUGAUAUUAGAAAUUCUAACAGGGAAAUUCCCCGCUAACUUUUUGCAACAAGGGAAGAGAAGUGAAAUCGAUUUGGCAAAUUGGGUGAUGUCGAUUGUUGGCAAUGGAAAUUACGUAGAAAACAAAAGCCAAGUUUAUGAUAAAGAUAUGGGAGGAACAAAGAAUAGUGAAGGGGAAAUGAACAAAUUAUUAAAGAUUGGGUUGGCUUGUUGUGAAGCGGAGGUGGAGAAGAGGUUGGAGUUGAAGGAGGCUGUUGAGAGGAUUGAAGAAUUAAAGGAAAAGGACAUGGAUGACGAUUUCUACUCUUCUUAUGCUAGUGAAGCUGAUCUUAGGUCUUCAAGAGGAAAGUCUGAUGAUUUCUCAUCUUACUCCUAA